AUGGAAACAGUCAACUACACACUAUUGACAGAGUUCAUCCUGACAGGAAUUCCAUACCCAGUCACACUAAAGACAUUCCUUCUUGUGUUCUUUUUGCUAAUCUACAUCCUGACUCAGCUGGGGAACUUGCUUAUUCUCGUCACGGUCUGGGCAGACCCACAGCUCCAUGCCUACCCUAUGUACAUCUUUCUUGGUGUUCUCUCCGUCAUUGACAUGGGCAUCUCUUCCAUCAUUGUCCCUUGUCUCAUGAUAAACUUCACAUCAGGCAUCAAACCCAUCCCAUUUGGAGGCUGUGUUGCUCAGCUUUAUUUCUAUCACUUUUUGGGAAGUACUCAGUGCUUCCUUUACACAGUGAUGGCCUAUGAUCGUUACCUGGCGAUAUGUCGACCCUUGCACUAUCCUAUGCUCAUGUCUGCCAAGAUGAGUACCUUACUUGUGGCUGGUGUCUGGGUGGCUGGCUCCAUCCAUGGGGCUCUCCAGGCCAUUCUAACUUUCCGCUUGCCCUACUGUGGACCCAACCAGGUAGAUUACUUCUUCUGUGACAUCCCUGCUGUUUUGAAGCUGGCCUGUGCUGACACCUCACUCAAUGAGCUAGUAACCUUUGUGGACAUUGGAGUGGUGGUUGCCAGCUGUUUCUCACUGAUCCUUAUCUCUUAUAUUCAGAUCAUCCAGGCCAUCUUGAGAAUCCCUACAGCUGAUGGAAGGCGCCGUGCCUUCUCAACCUGUGGAGCCCAUGUAACUGUGGUUACUUUGUACUAUGUGCCCUGUGCCUUCAUCUACCUGCGGCCUGAAUCCCAUAGCCCCCUAGAUGGGGCAGCUGCUCUAUUCCCCACUGCCAUCACUCCUUUCCUCAACCCCCUCAUCUACACUCUGCGGAACCAAGAGGUGAAGCUGGCCCUGAGGAGAAUGAUAGGAGGUCCAAGAACUAAGACUGAAGUCUGA